GAGGGAGGGGAGCUGGAAGAGCGGCCGGGAAAUCAUCAUAACACAGUGGGGUGGUGGGGUGGGGGGUGCAAAAAUUAUCCAUUUCACCGUUUACCUCAUCUGGAAGAAGAGAUGUUUAUACUCGCCAUGUCUGAAGCUGUUACCAACUCGUGUCUGCUUUCUUGAAAAACGUGCGCUGAAGCUGAGAGGUGAUCAGUCUCACCUGUCCACUCCGUGAACACUGAGCAGGUUAAACCCACAGGGCCACGAGCACCAUGCCCGUCACCGACCCCGAGAGCAUGCUGAGCUACCAGAGGCCAGAUGAGGAGGUGGUGGUGGACCAGGGAGGGACCAGUUCAGUACUGAACAUCCACUAUGAGAAGGAGGAACUAGAAGGCCACAGGGCUCUGUUUGUUGGGGUUCGGAUGCCUCGGCAGAGCCACCGUCAUCACAAGCCCCACGGCUCUCGCCACCGCAAGAGAGACAGAAGGGCGGGAAGCCUCGCGACACAACAAAGCGAGGAAAGUGAGACGGCCACCUCCAGUCACGACACGCCGUCCCAGCGGGUGCAGUUCAUUCUAGGCACAGAGGAGGAUGCUGAACACGUGGCCCACGAGCUGUUCACUGAGCUGGAUGAGAUCUGUGUGAGGGAUGGCAAGGAUGCUGAGUGGAAGGAAACAGCCAGGUGGCUGAAGUUUGAGGAAGACGUGGAGGACGGAGGGGAGAGGUGGAGCAAGCCCUACGUCGCUACUCUGUCCCUCCACAGCCUGUUUGAGCUUCGCAGUUGCAUCAUCAAUGGCAGCGUGUUGCUUGACAUGCACGCUGACAGCAUCGAAGAGAUAGCAGACAUGGUGCUGGACCACCAGGAGGCGUCCCAUGAGCUGGACGACAGUGUGAGGGUGAAGGUGCGCGAGGCUCUGCUGAAGAGACACCACCACCAGAACGAGAAGAAGAAGAACCUCAUGCCCAUGGUGCGCUCCAUCGCCGAGGGAACCCGCAAACAGUCUGAGUCCCAUCUGACAGCAGGGUCAGCCACAUCUCCCCAGCCUCCGCCAUCUACAGAUCCUGCUAAGAACGGUGGCGGACACGACAACCCCCAAGUGGACCUCAGCAAGGUGGACAUGCACUUCAUGAAGAAGAUCCCAGAGGGUGCAGAGGCCUCAAAUGUACUGGUGGGAGAGUUGGACUUCCUGGAGAGGCCCAUUGUGGCCUUUGUCCGCCUCUCCCCUGCUGUGCUGCUCUCUGGACUCACUGAGGUCCCCAUACCUACCAGGUUCCUCUUCAUUCUCCUGGGCCCAGACGGAAAGGCUCAGCAAUACCACGAAAUUGGACGCUCCAUGGCGACCAUCAUGACAGAUGAAAUCUUCCAUGAUGUAGCCUACAAGGCAAAGGACAGAAGUGACCUGCUGGCUGGGAUAGAUGAAUUUCUGGACCAGGUGACGGUCCUGCCGCCAGGAGAGUGGGACCCCUCCAUCCGCAUCGAGCCCCCAAAGAAUGUCCCCUCUCAGGAGAAGAGAAAGAUGCCAGGAGUCCCUAAUGGCACAGUCUGCCAGGUAGAGGAAGAACUACAUGCUGAGCACCACGGGCCAGAGCUGCAGAGAACCGGAAGGCUGUUUGGUGGUCUGAUCCUGGACAUCAAGAGGAAAGCUCCGUUCUAUCUGAGUGACUUUAAGGACGGUCUGAGCCUGCAGUGUGUGGCCUCCUUCCUCUUCCUCUACUGUGCCUGCAUGUCUCCUGUCAUCACCUUCGGAGGACUGCUGGGGGAGGCGACAGAGGGACGCAUCAGCGCCAUAGAGUCCUUACUCGGUGCGUCUAUGACUGGAAUAGCCUACUCUGUGUUUGCUGGUCAGCCUCUCACCAUUCUGGGCAGCACAGGUCCUGUACUGGUUUUUGAGAAAAUCCUCUUCAAGUUUUGCAAGGACUACGACCUGUCCUAUCUGUCGCUGAGGACUUGCAUCGGCCUAUGGACGGCCGUGCUGUGUUUCAUUUUGGUUGCCACUGAUGCUAGCUCUCUGGUGUGCUACAUCACUCGGUUCACAGAGGAGGCCUUCGCCGCCCUCAUCUGCCUCAUCUUCAUCUACGAGGCCUUGGAGAAGCUCGUCCACCUGGGAGAAGUCUACCCCUUCAAUACACACAGCGAUCUGGACAAACUCACACUGGCAUUCUGUAAGUGUGCAGAGCCUGAUAACCCCAAUAAUAAAACCUUAGAACUGUGGAGUGAGAGAAACAUCACAGCCUCUGCUGUAUCCUGGACCAACCUUACUGUCAAGGAGUGCAUCGGUCUGCAGGGCCACUUUGUUGGGACGGCGUGCGGCCACCAUGGCCCAUACACCCCAGAUGUUCUCUUCUGGUCCACCAUCUUGUUCUUCUCCACCUUCUUCAUGUCUGCCUUCCUCAAACAAUUCAAGACAAGUCGUUAUUUCCCCACCAAGGUGCGGUCUAUGAUCAGUGACUUUGCAGUGUUCAUCACUAUUGCGGUCAUGGUUCUGCUUGAUUACAUCAUUGGAGUGCCCUCCCAGAAGUUGAAGGUGCCCAGCAAAUUCCAGCCUACCAGAGAUGACCGAGGUUGGUUGAUCAAUCCGAUAGGACGCAACCCAUGGUGGACAGUCUUGGCUGCGACUAUUCCUGCUCUUCUCUGCACCAUCCUGAUCUUCAUGGACCAACAGAUAACUGCCGUCAUUAUCAACCGCAAAGAGCACAAACUGCUGAAGGGCUGUGGGUACCACCUGGACCUGCUCAUGGUCGGGCUGAUGCUGGCGGUGUGCUCCAUCAUGGGCUUGCCCUGGUUCGUAGCAGCCACGGUGCUGUCCAUCUCUCACGUCAACAGCCUGAAGCUGGAGUCGGAGAGCUCGGCUCCAGGAGAGCAGCCUCGCUUCCUGGGCAUCAGAGAGCAGAGGUUGACUGGACUGGUCAUCUUCCUGCUCAUGGGCUGCUCUGUAUUCAUGACUGGAGCCCUGCAGUUCAUUCCCAUGCCAGUGCUGUAUGGUGUUUUCCUUUACAUGGGAGUCUCUUCGUUAAAAGGCAUCCAGUUCUUUGACCGUGUGAAGUUGUUCGGCAUGCCGGCGAAGCACCAGCCGGACUUCAUCUACCUGCGCCACGUCCCCUUGAGGAAGGUGCACCUUUUCACUCUCACCCAGCUCACCUGUCUGGUGCUGCUCUGGGUCAUCAAGACCUCACCUGCCGCGAUCGUCUUCCCAAUGAUGGUGCUGGCUCUGGUUUUCAUCCGCAAACUUCUGGACUGGUGUUUCUCCAAGCGAGAGCUGAGUUACCUGGAUGAUUUAAUGCCUGAGUGGAAGAAAAAAAACCUUGAUGACGCCUCCAAAACGAUAGAAGAGGAAUCACAGGUUAUGCUCAGUACAAAGAAGGACGAUACAACUGAUGUUCAGAUUCCCUUGGAGAGCUGCAAUCCUGUUCAGACCCCCAAAGCACAUGACCCCAGGUGUGACCCCUCUGAUAUUAAUAUAUCUGAUGAAAUGUCUAAAACCACCGUGUGGAAAUCCCUAAACUCCAAUCAAAAGGACACUCGUCCUGUGGCUGCUAAGAAGGACUGAAGGGAUCGCGUUUAUAGAUGACUAAAGGAUGUCCGCAGUCCUGACAGACUGUAGUUCUGGACCACAGGACACUGCGAUUUUGGCUGCUUUGACUGUCAGCCUCUUCAGUGCUUAGAGAAACAAGUCUCGAUGAUUUCUACCAGCUACCCGCAACACACACUACUGUCCACGAGCAUACAGACCAAGAGAAGGUAGUACACUCUCAUGCACAUAGACACACACUUCUACCUUUGUGAGGACUAGAAAUAUUUUUAAAAUCUUAUUUCCCCGAACCAAAGCUCUAAAAUUAAAACUACUACUACUACUAUCAGCUUUUACUUUCAGCUUUCUACUAAACCAGACAGGGAAGAAAGCCCUUAGGCUGCAUUCACACCAGAUCAGGCGGUGCAGCGAAACAGCAAGUUUUUCCAUUUAUUUUGAUUGGGGUUAGUGCACCGCACAACCUCAAAAUGACCUCAAAAUUUAUCAAAAAUUACCUUAUUACAAACAUUAUUUAAUAAUUAUAUUCCUCUAUUUUCCAAUAGCGGAUAAUCUAUUUAAUACAUUUCCAGGAAAAUAAUACAAAGUUAAUUGAUAUGCUUUAUUUCCAUAUCUGCUGGUAGAUAGACGAUAAUUAGCAAAUAACUAACAAAAAACUCCCUGAAUCAUGACAUUAGCUACCAGGUUAUUUUUGUGUAGACAAUAAGUCACAAUGGUGAGAUUUGUACCUGAUCAGAAGUGUCUUCUAUUAGUUUUGGUUUUCCACCUCCGAUGAAGAGCAGCCUCUUCUCAAACCUAAGGGUCCAUAUUUUAACAAUUAUAUGCUAUUUCAGCAUAUAAUUAUUAAAUAAUGUUUAUAAUAAAGUAAUUUUUGAUACAUUUUGAGGUAAAUAUUGGGGUAAUUUGGCAGUAUUUCCCAAGAAAUUUCAAAUAGGUUACUUGCUAAUUAUCAACUAAUUACCAUGAAAUUUGCGGACCUGUAAAAUGAAGUAAAGACGUUAAUUGUCGCAGAUAAUGGGCCAUUAAAGUGACUCGCCCAGACCUCCGUACAACCUUGCGGAAAAUCGCAGCAAUGCCUGAUCUGAUGUGAAUGCAACCUCAGUGAUAAGUUGUUGCCUGCACACUGCCUUUGGCUUCCUGUCUUAUUUGUGAGGUUGAAGGAUGAUGUAAAGGAUGAAACUUGAAGGCAUUCUCUCCUACAGCGGCUUUUACCUGUGAACAUGUGAUAGAAUCGAAUAGCUCAGUUUUAAUUAAUUCAAGUCUGAUAAUGUAAUCUAGAGACACAUCCUGGAGCUGCUCCAUCCACAGUGAUGGUAAAUAAUGGAGGACACCGUGACAGCUGCUGGCAGCCGUGCUGAUUUCACUGAGAUAUGGGGACAUUUGCUGAUUCACACCUGAAAGCCAUGCGUCUAUUUUAAACUCAUUUUGGAGGUGACAUCUCAAACAGCCUCACAACACGCCAGUUAGUCAGUCAGCCAAUAUUUCAGUGUCACUGUGUCUGUCUGUCUCCAAAAAUGUCAGCCAAAAAGUCUGGAUGGUUUGUUUUUAACUCACGGGGACACAGCUGCUGUUUGUCUAUAAAUAUCACUUUACUGCCCAACAUCAAUAAAACAGCCCUAUAUAGUAAAGUCUCUUGUGGGGUGGAUUUUUCAUUUAAUACUAUACUAGCCAUAAACUGGCACAGAAAUAAACCAGGAAUAUGCCCAGUUGCCUAAAUCUAAUGCAGUUUAAUACAACAGUCCUACCAUAACAUGUACUGUAUGAAGGUAGGAUUUAUUGCAUUUAUUGAAUAUUGUCCGGCUGCUGAAUUGAAGUGUGUUAUACUGACAGGCGUUUCUAUUAUUUUGUCCACCCCAUUUAAAUUAAUGAGGAGAGACUAACAACUGCAUUAGAUAAUUUUUUUUAAUCUGCAAUAAUUGAUAUAUUUUGGCCACUUGGGGGCACCACAAACAAGAUGUAAACCCAACAUGGACAUAUUAUCACCUUAUUAUUGUUACCAAACAGGCUGAUAUUGCAGAUUUGUUAGCAAACUGUUGUUUAUUUACACAUCCAGCAGAUAUGGAGCAACAUUAGCAUUCAUUUUCAUGUUUCUGGCCUCUUGAUGAAUGUAAGUCCAAUAUUCAUCCCCGUUUUAGCUCUGUUUUUGGUCUCCACCAACUCCUGAGAAAAUGAUCUGGCUUUUUAUCAGGUAAAUGCUGCACCAUGUUCACCAGCUAGUCGCUAACUUUGUCUGUCAGCUGUUUGGAGCUGAGCAUGUAGUUUAUAGUGGGUUUUUAGAGCUGUUUUUAGAGUUGUUUUUAGAGUUGUUUCACAAAUCAAUGAGCUGAAAAAAGCUGUAAAGCUCUGUAGAGCUGAGAGGAACUGCAGUAUUGGAUGAUAA